CAUAAGGAUAAAAACAAAUUGAAUAAAAAAUUGGAGGAGGAGGAGUUCAAAAAAGUUGGAACUUGGGUUUGGUUCAGCUUCCCUAGUUGUAAGCGUCCCACUUCCAUGAAUGUCGGAUAUCCCUAAGAAAGCAAAAAGCGGAAGGCAAAUCCGUGACAUCGUAAAUAAAAUCUCAAAAGAAGAACUUCUGUUGGUAAAAGAUUCCGAGGGUGGUUUGGUCUUUUUACAAUUUAAGGUGUGGAGCGGCUCAGGUCAUCUUCCUCCUCCUCCUAUUUAUUUAUACUGUCUCUGUCAGACCCAGCUCACUCUGUGUUAACUCUUUAGAUCUCUCUCUCAGUCUCUGCUCGAAUAAUAAUUAAAAAAAAAAAAACCAUUUUGGCGGGAAAAUGUCGGGGAAGGGAGCUAAGGGACUGAUAACGGGGAAGUCCGCCUCCAACAAGGACAAGGAGAAGGACAAGAAGAAACCCGUCUCUCGCUCCUCUCGUGCUGGCCUCCAGUUUCCAGUUGGCCGAGUGCACCGCCUAUUAAAGCAUAGGGUUGCAGCAAAUGGAAGGGUAGGAGCAACAGCUGCUGUUUAUACUGCAGCUAUCUUAGAGUAUCUAACAGCUGAGGUGUUGGAGUUGGCCGGAAAUGCAUCCAAGGAUUUGAAAGUUAAACGCAUUACGCCGAGGCAUUUGCAGUUGGCGAUCCGUGGGGAUGAAGAACUUGACACACUCAUUAAAGGAACCAUAGCUGGUGGAGGAGUUAUACCUCACAUUCACAAAUCACUAAUCAACAAAUCAUCCAAGGAGUAGAAAGUUAAUAAACUAAUUGAAGAAAGCUAUAAUCCUGUUAAAGAUCCUCGUUAUGCUUUUGGUACUUGGCCGUUGGUAAUUUGAUUGACAAUCUGUUUGUUUUUUAUGGUUUAUAACCAGAUAUCAUUUCCUUUUCAGUUAAGGCACUUGCAUAGAAUAGAAA